CGAUUACCGUAGCAGUUGCGGGCGUGUCGUUGUUGUUAGGUUCACUUCGUUUGUAAUUAUUUUUUGUUUAAUAUAUAUUUAAACUAAAUGUGUACUGCUAUAAAUGUGUAAAAUGGCUAGAUUGUUAUUGCUUAUAAGUUUACUAAGCGCAGUUUAUUUUACUACAACUUACGCACAACAUCACUAUUCUGAAGAUAAAAUCAGCAAUAUUAUUUGGUGCACAAAAGGCCAAGAGGAGCAGUACAAAUGCCAGAAUUUAACCGUUGCCAUCGAACGGGAUCGUGCUCUCUUCGAUGAUGUCUUCUUGAAUCUCACCUGUCUUAUGGCAUACAGUGCCGAUGAAUGCAUUCAUCUCUUGGAUCGCGAGAAGGCACAUAUCACCACAUUGGAUGCUGGAGAUGUCUUUACCGCCGGUCGCUACAACUCCUUGAUUCCCAUAAUGCAAGAGAAAUUGGAAGGCGGAUUUCUAGACUAUCAUUCAGUGGCAGUUAUAAAGAAGAAUACUUUAACCGACGUUACGGAUCUGCGGCAGUUGCGCCAAAAGAGAGCCUGCUUCCCCUGGGUGGGCAGUCUAGCUGGUUGGAUAGUGCCCAUAUAUACGCUGCAACACAAUGGCGGAAUGGAGGUUGUAGAUUGCAAUAAUCAAGUGAAAACCGCUGCCAACUAUUUUAACAGCUCCUGCGCCGUCCACUCGUUGAUUGAUAGAUAUAAUCCCAUCGGAGAUAACUCUGAUAAGCUUUGUGCUCUAUGUACUGGCAAAAUACCUGGACGCUGCUCAUCGACUGAUCCCUAUUUUGGCUACGAUGGUGCAUUCAGGUGCCUUCUGGAAGCGGGCGAGGUAGCAUUUUUGCGGCACGCUACGGUUUCCGAAAUGCUACAAACACCAGAAUUUAAAAAACUGUCGCCAGACACCUUUCAGUUGCUCUGCCGCGAUGGAAGUCGUGUGCCCAUCAACGACUAUCGGCAAUGUAGCUGGGGUCAAAUUCCUUCAGAUGCCAUUGUAACUUCGUCAGCGCGUAGCUUCAAAGAGCGUAAUCAAUAUCAGCAAUUCCUGAAACGCGUCGCUGAGCUGUAUUCAGACGGGAUUCGUGAGGAACCCAAUCAGCCUCAGACAGGCGGAGGAUAUAAUACAUACAAUGGCAACAACUAUAACGAUCAGAAUCGUAACAACUACAACGAUCAAAGCCGUAAUAAUCCAUAUGACAAUUUCAACAGUCAGUACGACAACAACAAUCCCUACAAUAGAAAUCAGAACCAAAAUCCAUAUGAUCGAUUUGAUGGCUCGAAUUAUCGCAAUGAACGCCUAGACAGCAGCUUUACCACAGAGCGCAGUGGACUUGAGGGAAACACUUCAGUGCCUUAUGAGAAAUUCCGCAUUUUUGAAUCGAGGCGAUAUGGCAAAUCCAAUCUGCUCUUCCAGGAUGCAGCCAGAGCCCUUGUUUCCAUACCAGAGGAUGAUCAAUCCUUUACCAAAUACUUGCAACGAGCUAUUGACUACAUAUACGGCAUUCGUGAGUGUCCCGUUCCUGCAAUGACGCUAUGUGUGACUUCUGAGCCAGAGCUGGAAAAAUGCAUUAAGAUGAGAACCGCACUCAAAGCACAAAUCCUGAAACCCGAGCUGAUCUGCAAGAAAAUGCAUUCGCACAUAAACUGCAUGCAGCUGAUACAGUCUGGAAAGGCUGAUAUAUCUGUGUUUGAUGCUGGAGAUGUCUAUACGGCUGGCUUGAACUACGACUUGAUUCCAUUUAUGUCUGAGGUAUACAACUUGGGUGAGCCUGAAUACUAUGUGGUGGCUGUGGCCAAGGAGGAAGAUCCCGAUACGGAGCUUACUUAUCUAAAGGGCAAGUACACCUGCCACACAGGCAUCAAUACAGCCGCAGGCUGGACAUAUCCGAUGGCCUUCCUCCUCUCGAACGGUUGGAUAAGACCCUAUGGCUGUGACUCGAUACGUGCUGCAGCAGAAUACUUUACCAAAUCUUGUGUGCCCGGUGCUAUAAGCAGUGAAUACAACACUGGCGUCCCAUAUGACAGUAUGUGUGACCUGUGCCAUGGAACCAGUUAUAGAUAUUGUAGACGUGAUGCAUCAGAGGAUUACUAUGGACACACUGGUGCCUUCCGCUGCCUCGUCGAAGGCGGCGGCCAUGUGGCAUUCAUGAAGCACACCACUGUCAUGGAGAGCACCGGAGGCAAGCGCAAAGAGUGGUGGGCCAGAAACGCCCUUAACGACGACUUUGAAUUGCUGUGUACCGAUGGUACUCGCGCCGAGCUCCAGGACUAUAAACGCUGCAAUUUGGGCAAAGUGAAGGCUAACGCUGUCGUCACCCGAGGCGGCGUGAACUACAAUGAAACACAAUUACAUGCAUACAUCAACCUGCUGACCUAUGCUCAGCAGCUGUAUGGUCGCAAGGACGUGGAUGCUUUCAGUUUCAGCAUGUUCUCAUCGCCCAUUGGACACUACGAUCUAAUCUUCCAAGACGCCACACGCCAACUGCAAGUUAUUCAGCCAAACGAACGACGGUACGACACCUAUUUGGGUGGAAAUUACAUGAGAGCACGUCGCAUCACUGAUUGCUAUGCCAGUGCCACUCAGUUCACUUUCUCCACAUUCCUGCUCCUAGCGAGUGCAUUUGCCCUUAGAAUUUUACUCUGAUUGCAUAAGUAGAAUCUCUAAAUUUCUAUAUCAUACUCCAAAUAGGUUAACCUCACCCAUAUUGACUCGUAACAAUUCGAAUAUCCAUUGUGAAUCUCACAACAAA